UGAUGUCUGCAGAAGCCAGUAUCGCGGAAAUGUUUUGAAUUCGUUUAGUAAUCGUGACGACAGAUUGACGGGCGAGACAUAGGUACGUCUGCUGCACAGCACAAAUUUUCUUGUGCUUAAAGGCAUUCGUAGAAUAUUAGGCUUAGUUAGAUCUUAAAUUGUCCUUUGUAAUUGGGUGGUCUCGACAAACGUUUUCAAUAGCAAUGGGGAAACAAAAUAGCAAAUUAAAGCCCGAGGUGUUAGAAGAUCUUAAACAAAAUACAGAAUUUUCAGAUGCCGAAAUUCAAGAAUGGUACAAAGGAUUUUUAAAAGAUUGUCCGAGUGGACAUCUAAGCGUGGAAGAAUUUAAAAAAAUUUAUGGAAACUUUUUUCCUUACGGCGAUGCCUCGAAAUUUGCAGAGCACGUGUUUAGAACGUUCGAUGCAAAUGGCGAUGGUACGAUCGAUUUUCGAGAAUUUCUUUGCGCCCUAAGCGUGACUUCCCGAGGAAAAUUGGAACAGAAAUUGAAGUGGGCCUUCAGUAUGUACGACCUCGACGGUAAUGGAUAUAUCUCACGACAAGAGAUGCUUGAGAUCGUGACGGCAAUAUACAAGAUGGUAGGGUCCGUGAUGAAAAUGCCAGAGGACGAGUCAACACCGGAGAAGAGAACCGACAAAAUAUUUCGUCAAAUGGACAAAAAUAAGGACGGCAAAUUGUCACUCGAAGAAUUUAUCGAAGGUGCUAAGAGUGAUCCCUCGAUCGUGCGACUGUUGCAGUGCGAUCCUAGUGCACAAGCUCAGUGAGACCCUGGGUCCGUGUGCAGUUCAAAUGCCAUCUGUAAAUACGAAUCGGGGCCCGGCCCAAUUAUAGCCCUGUUAGAGGCGAUGCAAUCAUAGAAGGGAGUCAUAGGAAUAGAGGAAGCUGUCAAAACGAACACACUACACAAAGACACAGUCCUCCUUUACAUCUACAACCAUAUAUCGAUACACUGACGAUUACGAGAAUUAACGAAACCAAAAUGAAAAAAAAAAGGAAAAGAAAGAAAAGAUAGAAGUUAAAUUUAAAACAUGAUAUCGUUAAACGUUAUUUACGUUAUUUACGUAUGUAUACAAUUAGCCCGUUAAAACCACCCACCAGUAUACCAAAAUCACCACCACUAAUACAACAACAACCACCACUACUACAAACAUACGGCGAGUAUUCGAAACUCUGCAAGAAGAAAUUUAAAACUAUACAUACUACAUAUGUGGACACACACCAAAAAAGAAAAGAAAAAGAAACAGAGAUCAAAUAAAAAAAAGAGCACACAAUGAUUUUCACGAGGUUUAAAAACCCACAAGUUCGUUCUGGUAGAUUCGCUCCCUCGCAUCGUCUUCUAUGUUCGCGAACGCCUCUUGUUCAUUGGAGAAAUAAAAAGUGAGAAAGAGAAAGAAAGAAAGGGAGAGAGAGAAAGAGAGAGAGUGAGUGAAUAAGAAAGAAAGAAAGAAAGAGUUUGUUGCCUGAGUCGUAUGUGUGCACCAGAAAACUUGAAAAUGUCAAGUAGGGCUCUUGUAAAUUGGGCUGGUACCCGAAUGAGAAGAGGGUCCAGGCUCACUGGGCCCAUGGCGCUUGCGCAUACCGCAAACUAGUCGUAAUGACUAGUUCAGUCGCUCCCGCGAUCUAAACUAAUGGAUGUUUAAAAUGGAGAGUCCUUUGAUAAAGAUAAAGGAGGAAAGAAAAAACGUAAGAGAACAAGAAAGAUGGAUAGAGUAUAUGCGUGUGAGAAUGAAAAUUAAAGGCAAGUGUGAUAGAGUGAAUUAUUGAGUGAGUGAGUCAUUGAAUAAAUGAGUGUAAGAAAGAAAGAGUAAAUAAGUGAAAUGAGAGAAAGAGAAAAAGAAAGAGAAAGAGAGAGAGAGAGAGAGACUCACGCGUAUUUUCUCGUAUAUAAUUCUCCUGCAAUUGUGCCGCUCGAUGUACAUACGACGAAUUGUUAACUAUAAAUUCGUUCAAAUCUUUUAUCAAAAUAGUUCUUACCAUUUUAAUCAGUUCAAGUGACGAUAUUAAAGUAUCUCUUCUACGUAUUUGCCUAUCAAUGAGACCACAAAUUUGCAAUAACAUUGCGUAAAAAAAAAUUUUUUUAUUUAAUCCAAUGAGAAUUGGACAAUAACAAAGUGAAAAAUGACGAUUACAUAAACAAUGUGUUUCUUUUUCUUUUUUAUUAGAAAGAGAAAGAAAGAGAAAGAAGUGAAUGUUCUGUGUGAUGAAACUGUUACAAAAUUUCGAUUCUAUUUCAAAAUUAUGACACGCUCGUUCGGUGUUUUAUCGGUACCCUUUCAGUUUUAAUACGAGACUCAUUAUUUCCAUUCGAUUUAACGUAAUAUACUAAUUGUCGAUCGUUUAUUUAAAAAGCUUUUAGCGUAAGGUCCGCGACAUAAAUGUUUCCUACCGUGAAAUUUUCAAAAAGAAAUCAAUAGAAAAAAAAAGAUUACAAAAAAUAAUAAAGGAAAUAGAGAAAAAGGAGUUAGUAAAUUAAAAGGAAAGAAAGCGGUAAAAACGAAAUUGACUACAAUUUGCUGAGCGUAGAAGUGCCUUAAUUUUAUCGUAAAUAAUAUAUAGAGAAUGUAAUAAUAUGAGAAUGUUGUUGCAAAGAUCGAUAAGGACAACAUUUUUCUACCAAACGCUUUUAAAACCAAAACAAUGAUACCAAAAUGAAAUUAAUAAUUGUCAAUGUAUCAAUAACAUGCGCGUAGUAGAGAGUAAAAUUUUUGAAGUGGAAAUUAAAUAGAAGAAGAUAUUAAUGAAAAAUCAAAUCGAUCAUUUUUCACUUUAUCAAAGACUCUUCUAAUUGACUUAUACGAAAUAUUGAUAAUUCAAUGAAACACUUUUUACAAAUGAUACUUAUUGUCAGGUCAAAUACGCGAAAGAGUCUUAUAAAGUUGUGUUUCUUUUUAUUUUUUUUUGGUUUUUUAAAUUCUCCUUUUCUUUUUCCUUUGAUUUGUUGUGUCGUAUAUAUAUUUCUUUUCGUUUUUCCUUGCAACAGAUUACUUUAGUUUAUUGAUCGUUCCCCCCACUCAUUCGACGAAUUCUAUUCUAAAUAUAAAACUUCGUAUUGAAUGGAUAUUGUCGAUAAAAUGAUGUUUGUUUUUUUUUUAGAAAGAAAGAGAGAAAAAAAAGAGUGUGUGCGUGUAUGUGUGUUACGUGCGUGUGUGCGUGAGUGUACAUGCGUCUGUUUAGAAAACAUCGAGCGAGCAUAAAAAACGGAUUGUUGUUACGCGUUUUAGAACGAUAUAAUUAUUAUGUUGUGAUGAAUUUCGACAGCUCGCUAAUAAUUGACAUAUUUCAAACACGCGUUUGUGGGUCGCGUAUGAGAGUAUAAUAAUAUGCGGCUCGAAAAACGUGUUCGGGUUUGAGAUCGUUGAGUUUUUUUUUUUUUUAAAUCAGCUUCGAAAUUCUUCUAACAUCCAAUAAGUCAUAUUCAUUUUCCUUAUUUAAUUUCCAUUAUCAUUUUUCCUUAAUCAAAUUGACAAAGAUACAAGAAAAGACAAAAAGCAAAAAGAAAAGAGAGAAAAAAGAACAAAUUGAAGUAAAAGAACGGAAAUGAAAAAAGAAAGAGGAUACGAAAAACGAUCUAAGCUUUUUACCUGUUUGCAAAACAUAAAAAAAGAAAAAGUAAUAAAAUGCUAUGCGGCUUAAGAGA